AUGCAGAAUGACCUUGGUCGCACAGCUGGGGCCUCAGAUGUGCAGCGCCACAGAAGGGGUCUGGUGUCUCUGCUGUGCUGGACGAGCCCACAGACGAGGAGCUUUUGGAGGCCACACGAGGACCGAGACCACCCCCCGCGACCUCCAGCAGCCCUCGUCACGGUCCAGCCUGCAAAGUCACCACCUCCCUCACUGCAGCGGCCACCGCCUGCUCCUGCCCUGGAGGAAGGACGACAGGAGGAGUUGCCCGGGCCAGCCUUCCUCCCUCCCCCGCCACCUGCUGGCAGUGCUAAGGACGCCUUCACCUGCUACUCCUCAGCGUACCCUGACUUUGUGGAGGCAGUCAGGUUCCACCGGGCGUUUGAGGAGGCGCAGGAGAAGUCCCUCCAGCCCGGUCAGGAGGGACAAGCCCUUGUUGGCUUUGGGGACUUCAAAUUCGAGACCCUGCAGAGCCUGUACGAGUCUGAGGACCCCAAAAAGAUCCGAUUUGUCAACUACCUCCGGAGGAAGGCGCCAGCUCCUGGCACGCAGAUGGAGAACGCCGUCCGCUACGUCAGGAGCAGAGACAGGCAGAGAGCUGCUGCUGCGUCCACCACCAGCACCACCACAGCCUCUGUCUCGGCCGCAAGCCAGGGAGCCAGGAGUGCAUCACAAUGCGUGUUUUAUUUUAAAGCGGUCGAGGAACCUGGAGGACCUUUCUGAAGAUAUGUCAGUGUUUGUCUUGUUACAGGUUUGCGGCCUUCAUCUCUGGGCAGCGUUCUCUGUCUGCGGUGGAGAUGCAGGCAAAGAUCAAGAAGCUGGUGCUGCCUAAGCCUGCGUCUCCAGGUGAGUCCGGCCUCAAGUAAACACACAGUUAAACUUCAUUGGAUUUCUUGUGCUCACUGUAUAUUUUCUGUUUCUUGUCUCUCGUCGGGUGAUUACUGCCUCCCUCAACACCAUCCGAGGAGCCUUCAGAUGAAGAGCUGGUCAGGGCGGUAGUUGACAUCGAGCAGUCCCCAGACGUACAGGCCCCUCUCUCGCUCCUGCAGCAUCCACCUCCCGCCACCACCUCCGCAGCGCCACAGAAGGGGGCCGGUGUCUCUGCUGUGCUGGACGAG